AUGGAAACGAAAAAACCCACUAAAUCUUUAAACCCAUACGCACCGGCGUUUACUCCUCCUUCUCGUUCUCCUCCUUUGUUUAACUUUAACAAGCCAUUUCCUUGUUACAACAAGCCUUUUAAAGCUAUUACCGGCGCUCAUGUUAAGCCGGAAAAAAACCCUUUCGUCCGUUAUGGGUUUUGUCACCGGAGAUGUCUCCCACCAAGGCUUUUGAAGAAGCCUUUACCGGAAAAUAAGCUCGCCGGAAGAACCUCGGUCAUGGUUAAGAAUAUACCUAACUGUCUCGGACGAAUGGAUCUCUUGAGGAUUUUGGACAAUCAUUGUCGGAAACACAAUGAAAAAUCUUCCUACGACUUUCUUUAUCUGCCUAUGGAUUUUGGGAAACGAGCCAAUUUGGGUUACGCCUUCGUUAACUUCACGAGCUCUCUCGCAGCGGAGAGAUUCCGGAGAGAAUUUGAAAACUUCUCUUGGGACAAUAUCGGGUUCAGGAAGAAGAUUUGCGAAAUUACAGUGGCUAAGUAUCAGGGGAAAGAAGAGCUGACUCGACAUUUCAGGAACUCAAGGUUUACUUGCCACACCGACGAUUAUCUCCCGGUGGUUCUCUCGCCCCCGAGCAACGGCUUCACGGCUUAUACUCUCACAAAACUUGGUUACCGAGUCGGCGCACUUGGUGGUGGUUCACGAAACGCUUCAUUGCGUUAA